AGCUUUAAGUGACAGGAGCUCAAUGUGACAUUUCGAAGCGGUUAUUUCCUAUUUCUUAACUGUUAGAAAAGAAUAAGAAUGUUUCUCACUGCUGUGAACCUUGCCAAGAGCAAAUCGAAGACGCUGCUGGUUCAGAUGAUGAGUGCGGCUGGCACGGGUUACUGUUUUAACACAAAGAGGGGUCGACUGAGGGACAAGCUGGUUCUGCGAAAGCAUGACCCCAUAGUGAACAAACAUGUUCUGUUCUUUGAGAAGAGGAAGAUACGCUCUCUUUAAAAACUUGUGAUACAGACACUGAGAAAAAGGACUUUUAAAGUGUUAUUGGCCACAGUGUGGUGAUC